AUGUCCCUCCCAGGAAUAGGUGAAAUUACUUCAGACACAUUAUUCCUAACAAAAGUUAUUGAUGAGUAUGUUGAUGGUUCGCCAUGGACUCAGGAGUAUUCAAAAAACGAUGUUAAAAUCUGGUCGAGAUGCUCAGAAAAUAGUGGUGUCAAGGCUUUCAAGGCAUCUGCACUUUUUAAAGGAGUUUCGGGAUCCACAUUAUUUGACUGCCUUAUGGAUUCGGAGUACAGGAAGCAGUGGGACAAGUCUAUGAUUGAAGGUUAUGAGCUUUGUCAAGUAAACAGUCAAAGUGAUAUUGGAUAUUAUUCUCUUCGCUGUCCUCCAGGUUUAAGAAACAGAGAUUUUGUUCUUCAGAGGACAUGGGCAUCGUUCGAUACAGAGUACGUUAUAGCUUCUCAUUCUGUAUUUCACAAGGCAUUUCCUGUUCGAAAACAAUUCAUCCGUGCACUGUCCUACAUAAAUGCAUAUGUUAUACGCUUGCUCAAUCCAGACUCCUGUGAAAUGACUUAUAUCACUCAUUGUGAUCCCCGAGGUAAAUUACCGAUUUGGGUUAUCAACAAGUCGACACAAUUCUUAGCUCCUCGAGCAAUCCAAUUAUUACAGAAAGCAUGCAGUAAAUACGAUGGAUGGAAACAAUUGAAUAACCCUGAUUAUAAACCAUGGAUUUAUUCAGAUCAAAUAAGUCUACCAGUUCUAUGCUGGGAUGAUGUUGAACAGACAGCGAAUUUAGGACCUGUAGACGAUGGAGAUACACAGUUAACUGAGGAAUCUGUUUCAUUGGAUAGGAAUGAUAGUUUCAAUGAACAAGAAGAGUUCGAUUCAAUUGAUAAUCAAAUUCAAUCAUGUGUUCCUUCAACUCCUCUUACUACUCUAUCAGAUUCUGGUUGCGCUUAAUGUGUGUACAGAUCAUCAAAGCAAUACGAAUAAUAAAUACAUAAUGAACUUUUGGUUUUCAUAUGGUUUCAAUGUUUAUUUUCAUAUUUUGUUUUGGUAUGUGCGUGCGGUUUUU